GCCACUGUCUCACAAAGGCACCACAAGAAGAAAAAUGACUCGCCUUGGAACCUCCGCUCACCUCCUUGGAUAUGGUGGGGACGCUCAAAAGCACUGGCUGUGAGACGUGUCGGAAACGCAAGAAGAAGUGCGGUGAAGAACUGCCCUCAUGCUCAGCAUGCAUUAAAGCGGGCUGGAAAUGUCCAGGUUAUCCUAGAAGAUGGAAGUUUGUCGAUGAAAACGGACUGCUGGCAUUGCUUUACCGCAACAAGAAGUACAUUUUCGAAGAUGUCGACCAUCCCGAAUCAUCAGGCGAUGAAGGCUCUGCGUUUCGAGGCAUUCUCAUGAACAGAGCGAGCGUCUCUCUCGGUCCAACAUCGAAGACUAUCGUUGAGUGGCCUCUGGCUUCACCACAUGACCAGAUAUGUUCCACUCUGUGCUACAUACUAGAUGAGCCGCAGAACAGGCACACCUUCCCCCUAAAAUCUCACGGAAGGUUUUAUGCUAUGAUUCCCCCUCGGCUGGGUCGCAGUACUGCACUAGACGAUGCGGUUUCAUGUCUGUGCGUCAUCUACCUGGACUCCCUCAGAUCAUCUCAAGCUUCCUCGAAGGAAUGCCUUCGGUUGUACACCCGAAGUUUGCGCUCUCUUCGAAAAUCGUUGGAUAUACAACAUAUACGCGCAGAGGCUGAAACAAUAUGUGCUUCUGUUAUUCUGCAGGCAUGCGAGCUUGUGCUGAACGACGAAGGUGGGCGGUGGAGUCAACUUUGCAUGGGAACGAAACUUCUUAUUGAAGAACACGGCUCUGAGAAGUUUAUGCAGCCCUUCGAGAGGGCCAUGCUCGAAUCGCAGCGAGCUUGGUUUAUCCUUCAAGAUGCCAGCGUUGGACAAGAAUGCUUUCUGUCACGACCAGAGUGGCGCCAGGUGUUGAAGAGCUCUCCCACUCCCAUCGAAAUCGAGGAGCAUGCCAGUAUCUCACUUCGAUCUGAGCUUUGUGAAUUCCUUGUCGACGUGCCGGGCCUUAUUCGAGAAGCUUCAAGCACAGCAGACCAGCUCUUGAACGGAGCACUUGAUUCGGUUGAACUCAGUGAACGGCGCCGGACCGCGAUCCUCCAGAUAUCAUCCUUGAAAGACGCCUUCGAAUGGUGGUAUUGCAGCAAAAUCACACCGCUGCGCUCCAUUUCAGGCGCUGUGGAACAAACCGAGUUUACAAGUACCAGCAAAACCUCUCCGCGGGAUGACCUUCUUCUCGCUGUCGUUGACUGCGUGUCUAAUUCCAUCAUGAUCAAGUUAGACACGUUGUUGGCUAACGUCGAGUCCGAUUGGAAUAAAGUCAAGGUCGAUAUUCUUAACUAUCAAAAGGCACAGGCGAGACGAAAAAUGAUGAUGUACCAGUCUUUACAAUUCGUUCGAGCCAAGUCUCUGAUCGCAGCCAAACCUCUUGAAUUUGGGUUACGACAGCUCUGGCUCGACGCUGGCUUCGAACAGAGGAAUAAGGCAUAAGGCUAUGAGAGAUUCUUGAGUCCUUCUUGAUCGACAUUUCGAUACUGACUGAAUACCCAAGUGAAAUACAAUGUCAAGGCACCGUUUCUCAAACGCACCGAAGCCCAGCGCUACUCACUAAAUUCCAGGUUCAGGCCUAUCUUCGUCUCAAACGCCCAGCCAUUUCCUCACAUCCAUCAGCGCUGAAAUGGUUUACCAAACCCUUAUAGGUCUUCUUUGCGAACUGCUCUGCCCGGCUCAGCAUCUCACCCUCAUACGCUUUGAUCGCAUCUGGCAACUUUUGCCGAUCCCCGCCGCAGCUGACGAUAGCUUUCGCAAGGUCUAAUGAAUCAACCAUGGCAAGGUUGACCCCAACCCCAGCAAAAGGGGUCAUCACAUGAGCUGCGUCUCCCAGCAAUGUCACCCCUACGUCGGACUUCCACCGAAAGCCGACGGGCAACAUCCACAUAGGGCGUGGAACGAGUUUGUCGUUGGCGUCGAAGAUGGCUCGCUUCAGGUCGUCGCUGCAGUCGCUAUAAUACUGCUCAACGAGCAUUUCCCUUGCCUUUUCGGGCGCAGACCAGUCGAUCCCACAUUUCUCAAGCCAAUCUUCGGGUUGUCGCACACCGGCGUAGACGCGGAUGCUGUUGUUCCCCAAUUUCUGACAUUGAAUGGCGCGUCCUUCAUCGAACAUGAAACAAUUCCCUGCACCCACGAACUCGCUCAACCACUGGUGCCUUUUGUCGAAAUCCAGAGCCCAGAGCUCAAUGGCGGUAACGCCCGAGUAAUAAGGUUGCUGGUCCGUGAGAAAUGAGCGAACUUUGGACCAAGCCCCGUCAGCGCCGACCACGAGGUCGAAUCCUUCCUCUCUGCAGUCCUGGAAAUGGAGGUCAUAUUUCCCAGCCUGCGAUGACGACUUUUGGACCGACUGCAGCUUUCUGUUCCAGACCACGGUGCCUGGCUUCAACGAGUUGAGAAGCAGUUUCCGCAACUUUGUCCGAUCAAUUUCUGGGCGAUCGGCGUACUCCUCAGGUCGAGUGCUGCCCAUCGUGUUCUCAUCGAAUACAAUGGUACCGUCAUACUUGAGCAACUUCAAUGCCUCUCCUUCCGGACGAGAAAGCUUCUUGAAUUCCUCUGUCAGACCUGCGUGCUCCAAGGCGAGCUGUCCUCCCCGUGGAUGCAAGUCGACUGUUCCACCUUGGUCUCGUCCGAGGGAGUCGGCGUCGAGCUCGAAGACAGUGCAUGAGGUGUUGUUGAGUUGGAGGAGGCGUGCGAGUGUGAGGCCGGCGGGGCCGCCUCCGACAAUUGCUACCCGAAUGUUGCUCAUGGUGUCUUUGCUGGUGGGGUUGUUUGGUGUUGCUGAGGUCCUGAACUUGUUCUCCGAUGAUGUUCAGAGACGGCGGCGGUCCUUUUGUAUCAUUUCCUCUGCAAUGGUGCCACGAGUCCACUUUGUUCCUCGGUCGACGCUCCCAACUUCAACCGCAACGGUUCUCCCAGCAUUGUCAGCCUCGUAUCUCAACAGACAUCGUUGAUUGGACACUGCGCAACAUAUCACCGCACUGUUUGGACUGUCAUGUAGACAAACGUUCGUGUCAGCAAUCAGGCACAGCCGCCAAGUCACUCGGUGCAGGAACGCGCCUCGUUUGC